AUGGGAAUUUUAUCCUGGUUCAGUAGAGGCAGCAAUAACAACAAAAAGGAAAAUUCUCCGGUGGAAAAAUCCGACACGAAACCCCAAUCCGUGUCCUCCGAGGUACCAGGAAUGAACGGAGCGAUGGAGGUCAGACGACCCGCUCUGGCGGCCGACCUAUCGGUUUUCGAAUUCGGGUCAGUCGCCGCUUCUGCCGACAAGGUCACAGUGACCGGGUACUGUCCCGUUUCGGACGAGCUAGAGCCCUGCCGUUGGGAGAUCCUGCCAGCUAUGGGCUCGGACGCACCCCAAUUCCGCGUGGUUUUCUGA